AUGGUAUCACAAGCACCAACACCUGUAGAUGGGUCGCCACCCCCAAUUACACCGGGUGGAACGUAUACUAUUCAGACAGUGACGGUUGGUUGUAAAAUCUACAUUCGUCGUCCUGGACCGACCGGCGAAACAGAGGAACGGUUGGCUGAAAUCCUUUCAAUACGCGACAAACCUUCCAACCCAUAUGCCAAGAACAACAAAGUCCCAGAAGCAGAUGGUACUCCUAAGCCAGAGGACCAAUGGGAAUAUUUCGUUCACUGGGAAUCCUUCAAUAAACGUCUUGACGAGUGGGUUUCCGGUUCGCGCCUUGUCUUGAGUAGGGAUCUUGAAUGGCCACGCCCCAAGGUUCCGGUUGUGCCCAAGAAAGCGACACCCGCCAAAAAGCCAGGAAAAGCCCCCCGAACUCAGAAUUUAUUGAAGAAAGCAACAUCCAAUGCUGCUCUGGCAGCAUCCCCCACUCCUGCGCCAUCUACUCCUAUGGUUAUGGAUGACUACCCUCCAUCUCCCUCACCAGCACCUUCGUCCCUGAAGCGCAAGACUAUGCAUGAUGACGAAGAGGAGGAAGAAGAGGAAGAGGAAGAAGCAGAGGAGGAUGCAGAAGGAGAUGACGACGCUGAAGGAGAUAUGGAAGUUGAUGGUGAUGGGGAGGUGGAGACAUUCGACCUCAGCCUUUCAGAGCCUGCUAUGGAAGCACCUCCACUAUCAGCGUUCAGCAAAGAGAAAGAAAUUGAGAAACUUCGAACGUCGGGUUCAAUGACACAGUCGAUAUCAGAAAUUGCCCGAGUCAAAAACCUCAAUCGUCUUCAAAUAGGUCGCCACGAGGUGGACGCUUGGUACUUUAGCCCGUAUCCUAAAGAAUACGCCCAUCUACCAGUCCUGUACAUCUGUGAAUUCUGCCUUGCUUUUUUUCCUUCCCCCAUGAUGUUUUCACGGCAUCGACAAAGGUGCACCAUGAUGCAUCCUCCUGGCAAUGAAAUAUACCGUCAUGAGGACAUAUCCUUCUACGAAAUUGAUGGAAAGCGACAGCUGACCUGGUGUCGAAACUUGAGCCUUCUUUCCAAAUGUUUUCUUGAUCACAAAACCCUUUACUACGAUGUUACCCCAUUUAUGUAUUAUGUUAUGGCCAAACGCGAUUCGCACGGCUGCCAUGUUAUUGGUUAUUUCUCAAAGGAAAAGGAGUCUGCCGAAAAUUACAACGUAGCCUGUAUCCUCACACUCCCGCAACAUCAAAGACACGGUUAUGGCAAACUUUUGAUUGAAUUUUCAUACGAACUCAGCAAGAAGGAAGGAAAGCUAGGAAGUCCUGAGAAACCUCUCAGUGAUCUUGGACUUCUGGGCUACCGCGCCUACUGGGCAGAAACCAUAAUCGAUCUACUUCUAAAUACCCCAGAUUCCGAAUUGAGCAUCGACGAUAUCGCACAAAAAACUUCCAUCACACAUGCUGAUGUCAUGAAUACAUGUUCAACGUUGCAACUUUUCAAGCACUACAAAGGACAGCAUAUCAUUUGCCUUAACAACUCUGUCCUUGAGAAGCACCAGAAGACUAUGGCGAAGCGCAGGCGACGAAUACACCCCGAACACCUGAAGUGGAAACCUCCUGUUUUCACUCGAGAUCAACUACGCUUUGGUUUUUAG